AUGAUUCGAACAAUAUCUUCCAAACCCAAAUUGAUUAGAGUAUUAGGUUUAAUCAUAGGUUCAUUUAUUUUAUUUAAUUUAAUAUAUACAUUUUAUACAUCAUCUACAGAUUCAACAAAUGUCAAAGCAUAUUUAGCCAAUCAAUUAGAAGAAAGAAAUAGGCAAUUGGAGAAUAAACAACAAGAGAUUGAUAGUUUACAGAGACAACUUCAAUUACUACAAGUACAAGAACCAGGAUAUAAAAUCAACCAACCCACAGAACAACAAAAAACCACCCACCAACCAGUUGACAAGAUCAAAGCCUAUUCAGAUAGAAUAGCUGCUCUUGAAAACCCAUCCAAUUUUACCCAACCCGAAGGCUACCCCAUAUCAACACAACUAGUCAGUCCAAGAUUAAAAGAUCCUUCACUCGACUCUUCUAUACAAUGUUUUCUUACCUAUUACAACUAUGUAAAAUAUUAUUCAGAUGUUGAUGUGCAUCCAUCUAUUGGAGCACCUCAUCGUUAUCAACAAUCAGAGUUUGAAUAUCUAGUUCCAACACCAAAUCCAUCAUUUGGAAAAGUUUCAAAAUCAGCAGAUAUCCUCAUGGAAAUGGCUGCUAUUGAAUUAACUCGUACAUCCAAUUUUGAUGAAGCUACAAAAAGACAAUUAGAUACUUUGGAAAUUAAAAAAAUUGAAGGAAAAAAUAUGGAAGAAUUUCAAAAAGAAGAAAAACAAGAAAAUGAAUUAAAAGCAUUACAAGAGAAAUUAAAUUUAGUAGAGAUUCCACCAUUCUUUCAAUUACCUCUUCCAGUAGCUCAUCCUCAACCUUUGAUACCUGCACCCUAUUUAUUCCUUCAUAUACCUAAAACUGGUGGUAAUUCUAUUCAUUCUUUAUUCCAACAUACUUUUAAAUCCCAUGCAACUCAACAUUGGACUUCUCCAGAUUAUGGAGAAUCAUAUACAAAGAUUAUAGGAAAGAAAUCAAUUGUUGGACAUUUUAAUUAUGGUCUUCAUUUUUAUUUACAAGAGGCUGGUAUUAAUCAACAUUCCUAUUUAACUUUAUUAAGAGAUCCUGUUGAUCGUGUCAUUUCUCAUUACUACUAUCAUCGUGAGAGAAAGGAAGAUGAGGGUCAUGCUCUGGCAAUCAAUUCAACCAUUGAAGAAUGGACUGAUACUCCAAGAGGUCAAAAUGAACAAACUAGAGUUUUAUCUGGUAUCACUUCAUACACUGAAGAUUUUCCAUCAAUGGAAUCUUUUAGAAUGGCUUUAUCUCAUUUAAGAAAAAUGAAAUUUGUUGGAUUGACAGAAAGAUAUGAAGAAACAGCAAUUUUAAUGAAAUAUUAUUGUGGAUUAAAUUCAGUUUCCAUUACUCAAGCCAAUAAGAGAAAAGAUCGUACCAUGGAUAGCAAGGUCAGCCAAGACGUUCGAAUGUUAAUUAAAGAAAAGAAUUGGAUGGAUGUCUAUCUCUACGAAGAGGCUGUUAAAAUGUUUGAAAGACAAUUAGAUAUUGUUGGUCGUGAUAUUGUUAAAAGUGAAAUGAAAAAGAAGAUAUAA